AUGGAGUCCUGCCAUCCUGAAUUACUCCCAAAACAUCGCUAUAUAGACGGAGGUAGCACCUUUGGAACUGAGGUAAAGGACACGCCGUAUAUGAGAAUGUUGAAGGAGGAAGCCCUGAUGAACUGGAAAUACAAUGUGAUGGUGAGCGCUGCGAAUUGGGUUCUUCUUGCCGGAUAUAUGGUUAUUCCAGGCACCUUCACUUCGCUGAAGGAAUCUAAUCAAGUGGAAAAGGCCUUGGAUAAAAACAGUGCGGGGCGAGCAGCUUUAAACACGAUACAAAAUCCUCCAUUACUCGUCAUCGCAUGCUUGUUUCUCGCGGUCGGGGCUACGGCAUUGGUUUUACUGUAUAGAAAAUUCAGACCUAACUACACAUGGCUGGUGAACAAGCUCUUCAUGCCGGUUUCUUUGAAUGCGGCCGCUGGUUUACUUACCACGGUUGUCAAUGUCUCCACAUCACGAGGAGGCGAUUGGUCAGUGAUGGCUAUCAUGACAACUAGCUUCUUUAAGCUGAAGAAGGUUAUCGAGGAUGAUGAGCGUGAGAACCAGUGCAAAAAUUCACCCCCGUCAUCCUGCCUCUCUCCCGAAAAAGGACCAAAGCUUUGA